AUGCUAAAAAAGAGACAAACAGAAGUAUACGCUGUAGGUCAACAUAUACCUAUGUCUGCUCAUAAAGCGCAAAGAGUAAUCGAUCAAAUUCGUGGACGUUCCUAUGAGGAAACACUUAUGAUACUAGAACUCAUGCCUUAUCGAGCAUGUUAUCCCAUUUUUAAAUUGUUUUAUUCUGCAGCAGCAAAUGCUAGUUACAUUCUGGAUUCCGAAAAAACCAAUUUAAUAAUUAGUAAAGCCCAAGUCCACAAGGGUACUACCGUGAAGAAAUUCAAACCUCGAGCUCGAGGACGUUGUUUUCCGAUAAAAAGAUCUACUUGUCAUAUAAGUAUUGUUGUGAAAGAUAUAUCUUUAGAGGAAUAUAUAGAGGUAGACUUUCUCCCAUGGUCAAAAAAACCUGGAUGGAAAAAGAAGUAUAGCAAUAUGAUAGACCAUAAUAUGUAUAGUAGUGAGGGAGUAUGGGACAAAAAAUAA